AUGUCUGAGGCGGGCGGUGCGGCGGCGGCCGCGCUGCCCCGGCGCCGCUCCGGAGGCAUGCGGGCGGCCUGGGGCUCCGUCUGGUGCCUGUGCCUGGCGGCGGCCGUCGGCGGGAUGCCGGCGGCGCGGCGGGGCGGCGGCAAGGCGGCGGCGAGGAGCGGCGGGCAGCCGGCAGAAUACUUGAGGAGCGAGACCGCCUUUCUGGAAGAGUUGGUGUUUGGAAAUGGAGAUACCAUUGAACUUUCCUGUAACACCCAAGGCUCUUCUGUGUCUGUUUUCUGGUUUAAAGACGGUAUUGGGAUUUCACCUACCAACAGAACUCAUAUUGGACAAAAACUGUUGAAGAUAAUCAAUGUGUCAUAUGAUGACUCAGGGCUGUACAGUUGCAAGCCAAGGCAUUCCAACGAAGUCCUGGGAAACUUUACAGUCAGAGUUACAGAUUCCCCUUCGUCGGGUGAUGAUGAAGAUGACGACGAUGAGUCAGAAGAUACAGGUGUCCCCUUCUGGACCCGGCCAGAUAAGAUGGAGAAGAAGCUGCUGGCAGUUCCCGCCGCCAACACCGUUCGCUUCCGAUGCCCAGCGGGUGGAAACCCAACUCCUUCCAUCUACUGGCUGAAAAACGGCAAGGAGUUCAAAGGGGAGCAUAGGAUUGGGGGCAUUAAGUUGCGACACCAGCAGUGGAGCCUGGUGAUGGAGAGUGUUGUGCCGUCAGAUCGAGGGAAUUACACCUGUGUUGUGGAGAACAAAUAUGGAAGCAUUAGGCACACGUACCAGCUUGAUGUAUUAGAAAGGUCACCCCACCGACCCAUCCUGCAAGCAGGGCUCCCUGCCAACCAGACCGUGGUGGUAGGGAGCAAUGUGGAGUUUCACUGCAAGGUCUACAGUGAUGCCCAGCCUCAUAUCCAGUGGCUGAAACACGUGGAAGUCAAUGGCAGCAAGUAUGGACCCGAUGGGACCCCAUAUGUCACGGUGCUGAAGUCUUGGAUCAGUAAAAGCGCUGAAGCCGAUGCUAACCUAAAUCUGUUCAAUGUGACAGAACAAGAUGAAGGAGAAUAUCUGUGUAGAGCCAACAAUUUCGUAGGCAUAGCCGAAAAGCCAUUUUGGCUCCACAUUCGCAAACCGAAACCAGCCGAGGAGCUCAUGGAAAUGGAUGAUUCAGGCUCAGUGUACACUGGCAUUCUCAGUUAUGGCACUGGCUUUUCUUUCCUUCUCCUGGUGCUGGUCUUGGUGAUUGUCUGGAGGAUGAAAAUGCCAAACAAAAAGGCCAUGAACACCCCCACUGUACAGAAAGUCUCCAAAUUUCCACUCAAGAGACAGGUAACAGUGUCGCUGGAGUCCAACUCUUCCAUGAAUUCCAACACGCCCCUGGUCCGGAUCACGCGUCUCUCCUCCAGUGAUGGGCCAAUGCUGGCCAACGUUUCCGAGCUGGAACUGCCUCCAGAUCCCAAGUGGGAAUUGACACGUUCUCGCCUGACCUUGGGGAAACCUCUUGGUGAGGGGUGUUUUGGCCAGGUGGUGAUGGCAGAAGCAAUUGGGAUUGAUAAGGACAAGCCCAACAAGGCCGUCACGGUUGCUGUCAAGAUGUUAAAAGAUGAUGCCACAGACAAGGACCUUUCCGACCUGGUCUCUGAGAUGGAAAUGAUGAAAAUGAUUGGAAAGCACAAAAACAUUAUUAACCUCCUCGGUGCCUGCACACAGGAUGGACCACUCUAUGUGUUGGUGGAAUAUGCGUCAAAGGGGAACUUACGGGAAUACCUCAGGGCACGUCGCCCGCCUGGCAUGGACUAUUCCUUUGACACCUGCAAGCUGCCCGAAGAGCAGCUGACAUUUAAGGACCUGGUUUCCUGCGCCUACCAGGUGGCACGGGGCAUGGAGUACUUGGCAUCUCAGAAAUGCAUUCAUCGCGACUUGGCAGCCAGGAACGUGUUAGUCACCGAAGAUAAUGUGAUGAAAAUAGCUGAUUUUGGCCUCGCUAGAGACGUUCACAACAUUGACUAUUACAAGAAAACCACCAAUGGUCGGCUGCCUGUGAAAUGGAUGGCUCCAGAAGCCUUGUUUGACCGGGUCUAUACUCACCAGAGCGAUGUCUGGUCCUUUGGAGUGCUACUAUGGGAGAUCUUCACUUUGGGAGGGUCUCCAUACCCGGGAAUUCCUGUUGAGGAACUCUUCAAGCUCUUGAAGGAAGGCCAUCGGAUGGACAAACCUGCGAACUGCACCCAUGAUUUGUACAUGAUCAUGCGGGAGUGUUGGCACGCCGUCCCAUCACAGCGACCCACCUUCAAGCAGCUGGUGGAAGACCUGGACAGGGUCCUCACCGUGACAUCCACCGAUGAGUACCUGGACCUCUCGGUGCCCUUCGAGCAGUACUCGCCGGCUGGCCAGGACACCCACAGCACCUGCUCCUCAGGGGACGACUCGGUCUUUGCACAUGACCUGCUGCCCGACGAGCCCUGCCUGCCCAAGCAUCCCCCCUGCAACGGUGUCAUCCGGACGUGAGGACCCCUGGCGCAGAUGGAUGGACGGAUGGGCGGGCGGACAGAGUGCCCACAGAGGUGCGAGUGUGGGGCGCCACCGAGGGUGAAACUGUAGUGAAGGAUCUUCCAGUGGAACUGUGUGAUGGUGCCCGGAGAUUUGUGUUGUUGACGAGCUGUUCAGGGUAAAAAAAAAAAAAAAAAAGAUUACCUUUUUUUAUAAAUUUUUUUUAAAAAUUUUUUUUUUUCUCCCUAUUGCUGUAUGAAAAGUCAAGAAGCACUGUUUGGCCUGAAGGAACUAAUCUCUUGCCAAGAUGAUCUAUCGUAGAUGAUUUUUUUUUGUUGUUGUCAUUAUUUACUUUUCAUUUUUUUGGGGGUUUUUAUCUUUACUACGCAGAAUGUUGAACCUGGGGGGUGCUGACCUCCCAGCCUCCGCGCUUGCGUUUCGAGUGCCAGAGUAACCGUUCUGUGCCUGCAAUAAGAAGAAGAGAAAAAAAGAAAUCUUCCUUUAAAAAAAAAAAAAGAAAACAAAAAACACACACACACAAAAAGGUGUAAAGAAUGCGGAAAUUCUUGGCUUAUGCAAUCUGUACAUGAACCUUUUUGGUGGAGCUGAAAAGCCACGUUGCCUGCAGGGAUUCAUAUAUUUAUAAAAAUAUCUAUAUUUUUGUUGUCGUCGUUUUUAUAGCUUCAUGAUCGUGCUACCCAGCUGCAUAGAAGGAAUCCUUUUUGGAAGAAGAAAAAAAAAAAAUUUAAGUAAAAUGCAAAUUGUCACGGAGAAAUGAAAAUAAAAAAUAACAAAAAGAGACGCUCAAGUCACCUGAAGCGUCAGUGCUUUGGCCCUUGCACUGGGCUGGGAGCAUUGGGGCCGUGCCAAGGCAGGAGCAGACCUCAGGGAUGGGCAGAGACCCCAUGGGGUCCCUGGGGAAGAGAGCACCACCCAUCUGAGAGCGGCGGGGUGCCCUGAGACCUGGCUCCUGGGUGCCCACACAGCAUCUCAAGUCACAUCCUGGCCUCUGAGAACAGUCAUUUUUUGGGGGAA